AUGGUAGCUACCACUCGUUCUGCUGCAGCACGCCAACAACGAUCACCAAGUACAAAUACUGUAAAUUCACCUGUUAGUGUCAACAAAGCACAUAGUAAGAAAAAGAAGAAAGUGGCCAAACAGCAUAUACCACCAUUCACCGAAUUGAUAUCAACAGAACCAAUGAUUACGACGACAACAGCAGCGUGUCCAAAUGUAAUUGAUGACACGACAACAGCGCCACCGCCAGCUUGUAUGCUCGAAACUACUUUAUAUCAUCAAGAUCAUCAUAGUAUUAACAAUAAUAUCAACAAUGGUGAACAGAAUCUUGAUUUUCUGUCACCAUCGAUUCACUCUAUUUAUAACGAUCAGCACGAUAAUGUAUGUGUAAUCGAUGAUAACAAUGAAUUCGAUGCAGUAACGUCAUGGUCAGUGGAUACUGGUGAAAUCGAAUGGUGUAAAACGAAUCGUGGCAAUGAUAGAUUAUGUAUGUGCGGACAUACAAAAGGAACCGGCUGCCGAACAAUUAUUUACAUCCGCAUUGAUACAAGCAGAUAUAAGAGUUCAAACUUUGUUGAACACAAUCAUCCACCAAAUUAUCAGAAUGCUAAACGUUUACUGAUUUUACAGAAAAUAAAGGACCGCGUGUUGUCAGAACCUUCAUCAGUCACACGUAUUAUAGAAGAUGAAUAUAUAAAAGGCAAUUUGAACAGUGAAGAACGGUGCCAUUUUUUAUUACCACAAGCGCAAGCUUCCAAAUUUUACAAAAUUCGGGCAAAAUUAUUGCCACCUACUCCGAAGUCAUUGGAUUUUGAAGUUCCCACUUUUUAUUCAACAACACACCAAGGUGAAAAUUUUCUUCUCUAUGACGCAACUCACAAGAAAUUGGGCGGACGAUUAAUGAUCUUUUCCACAAGAUAUUUGAUUCAAAUGCUAUGUAGUUGUGAAGUUAUUCUGGUAGACGGUAAAUUUAAGACUCGUCCGACGAUGUUCUCCCAAGUAUAUGUUAUAAUGGGUCAACAUCUUGACGAAGCUAUUCCGUUAGUAUGGUGUCUUGCUCCAAAAAGAACUCAAGGAGUUUGUGAGAAAAUAUUCAAAUUUUUAAUGAGAAAAUCAAUGGAAUUCGGCUUCAAUUUCGAGCCAAAAUGUGCUUAUUUGGACUUCGAGCUCGCAACGAUCAAUGCAUUGGAGAAAAUGAAAAUUGGCUUAUCAACGUUGUACGAUCAAAAUGAAGAAAUUAAGGUUUGGUUGAAAUCAUUCAUGGCAUUACCAUUAGUGAAAGACACUGUAGUGCGUGCUGCUACUGAUUAUUUGAUCGAUAAUCCACCAGUGUCUCACCAUUUAUCAAACGAAUUCAGCGAUUAUUUUCGUAAACAAAUGGAUUGA